AAGAAGAGUCCGAUUGACUGUCUUACCCAUGAAUUUUUAGUAUUUUUUUAUUAUUUUCAAGAAGACUGGGAGUGGGAGGGUCCAAACUCAAAAGCUACCGCGACAGACGGUUGCAAGAAAAUUGUAAAAUAUCAAGCAACAAAGAUUGGGUUUUUCUUUUGCUUCAGAAUUAAAGCAAGGAAGAUCCGUUAAAGUCCUCUAGAUCAGUCAUUAAUGCCGGCUUUUUCAGCUUCUGAGAUGAUUAAUCAAUAAAGGGUUCUUGCUCUCGGCAGCUGCUUGGGAGCGGAGCUGUGAUAGUUCUGAGAAUAGAUAUAUGUUGAGACUUUCUUGGAUUGGGGUCAAAAGGUUGAUCUUGAGCCAGGGGCUGUUUUGCAGUUUUGAUAUCAAACCUUCUUAAGUUUUGGGCUGGCAAUUGCAGAUCUUCAUUAUUCUUGCCUUGUGAAUACCUUGAGGAGCUGUACUAAAUUGGUUUUGCUAUUUGUUCAAUUUGUAAAAGUUGUUCUUGGAUUGCUUGAGGUUUUGGAUUUUUGGGUCAAGAUAACAAGUGUUGGAGAUUUUGUUUGUGGUGAUAUCAUAAGCAGUUCUUGUAUUAGUGAGAUUUCUUGAGCUUAGGGUUCUUGUAUGGUAUGGGAGACUGUACAGCUGCAGCAUCUGUGAUGGAAGCAGAAGAAGACUUGAUUGCUGCGGUGCAGCAUAUUGUGAAAGCAUUGGAGACAAAGCAUAAUUUGACAGAUGAUGCUAGGAAAAUCUUGGCAAAUCUUGGGUCACAGUUAACCAAUAUAACUAGAGUUAGUGAAAGCAGUAAUGAAGAACUUAAAGAACAUGAGGGACUUAAUGAGAUUGAGGAGCAGCUAAAUAAGAUUCAGGAUAAAGUCAUCAAGUGGGAGAAUGAUCGGUUGAUGAUAUGGGAUUGUGGCCCUGAGGAGUCUUAUGAGUAUUUGAAAGCUGUCGAUGAAGCUCGAAAAUUAACGGAGACCUUGGAGAAUAGGAGUCUAAAUAACAGUGGUGAAGAUACGAGUUUGCUGCGUAGGGCUCAUGAUGUUCUUCAGACAGCAAUGGCUAGGCUUGAGGAGGAGUUCAGGCACUUGUUAGUUCAGAAUAGGCAGCCUUUUGAGCCUGAGCAUAUGUCUUUUCGUUCUAGUGAGGACGAUAUCAUUGAGGCGGGCUCUGUUAUUUCCUCUGGGGAUGAUUCUGUCGAAGAUAUAGUCCAAAGAGAUAGCAUGGCUCGAUCCUCGGAGGAAUAUAUCAUCGAGCUGGUGCAUCCAGACGUGAUACCAGACCUGAAGAGUAUUGCCCAUUUGAUGUUUGAUUCAAAUUAUGGUCGAGAAUGUUCUCAAGUGUUUGUUAACGUCCAGAAGGAUGCCCUGGAUGACUGCCUUUUUAUUCUUGAAGUCGAGAAAUUUAGCAUUGAAGACGUUUUGAAAAUGGAGUGGAAUGCAUUGAAUUCCAAAAUCAGGAGGUGGAUGCGAGCUAUGAAGGUUUUCGUGCGGGUUUAUCUUGCGAGCGAAAAGUUGUUGACGGAUCAGAUUUUUGGAGAGCUUGAAUCAGUGAGUUCUGUUUGUUUUGCCGAGUCAUCAAGAACGGCAAUUUUGCAGCUUCUGAACUUCUGCGAAGCCAUAGCCAUUGGGCCCCAUCAACCGGAAAAGUUGAUUCGGAUUCUUGACAUGUACGAGGUGCUCGCAGAUCUUAUUCCAGAUAUAGCGGCUUUAUACUCCGACGAGGCUGGAUCUUGUGUUACAAAUGAAUGCCAGGACAUCCUAAAGAGAUUGGGAGAUUGCGCAAAGGCAACGUUUCUUGAAUUUGAGAAUGCUGUUGCCUCCAAUGUCUCGGCCAACGCUUUUCCUGGCGGUGGAGUCCAUCACCUCACUAGAUAUGUUAUGAACUACAUCAAGACUCUCAUGGAUUACAGCAAAACUCUGGAUGAGGUCUUGAAGGACCAAGACAAUGAAAGUUCACCUUCAGUUUCACCUAACAUGAGUCCCAUCACUGAAGAUGAGAACGUUGGUGAAAGCCCCUCCAGGUCUCCAAUGGCUCUCCGUUUCCGAUCCCUUAUCUCCAUCCUGGAAUGCAAUCUUGAUGAGAAAUCUAAGUUAUACAAGGACGAAUCACUGCAGCACCUUUUCUUGAUGAACAACAUACAUUACAUGGCUGAAAAGGUUAAGAAUUCAGAACUCAGAACCGUGCUAGGCGAUGAAUGGAUACGGAAACAUAAUGGGAAAUUUCAGCAGCAUGCAAUGAAUUACGAGAGAGCUACUUGGAGCUCGAUUCUUGCCUUACUAAAGGAUGAGGGAAUCCAGCAUCCCGGUUCCAACUCUAUAUCAAGGACCAUUCUCAAGGAGAGACUGCAGAGCUUUUAUCUUGCUUUCGAGGAGGUUUACAAGAGCCAGACAGGAUGGUCAGUCCCAGAUUCUCAGCUCCGCGACGAUCUUCGGAUCUCAACUUCCCUCAGGGUAAUCCAGGCUUAUCGAACGUUUGUUGGACGACACAUUAAUCAUAUUAGUGAGAAACACAUCAAGUACACGUCCGAUGAUUUAGAGGUUUUCCUAUUAGAUCUUUUUGAGGCAUCCCCGAAAUCGUUACACGGUAAGAAAUGAUGAUAACCGUAUAUGGUACUGUAGGGACUUGAUUAACGAAGGAACUCGAUAUUUUUAAGAAUUCUUUUUACACUUUUAAAACGUUGUAUCCUACUGUGUAAGAGUUCCAUUCUUGGUUCAUCAGUUGUUCAUCACAUAUCUUGAUAAUAGAAAUUUGAAGUUUUGGGUA